UUUGGCGUCGCGCUUACGCCAAACAAGACAUGAGCCAAAAAAGGGAGUGUGCCGACCAGAUUGAAUCAACCUCUGAAUGAGAGAGAGGAGGCAGAGGGAGCAAACAGAGAGCACCAAGCAACAGUGCCCAAUCUGAGAGACAAAACACAGAAAAAAUCAGAAGAGCUGCAAACAGUUUAUUUUAUGGGUCUGCAGAGAACAAAAUAAUAAUGUUGACUAUAUUUUUUCUGUAAUGAUCGACUACUAUAACAAACUAUUUACACCGGAAAUGGACCGUAAAGUUGCAAACUUCUCUGGGUUGUGGAAAAUGAAGACUUCUGAAAACUUUGAAGAACUCCUGAAAGCGCUGGGUGUGAACGUGUUUGUCAGGAAGAUAGCCGUGGCUGCAGCCUCCAGACCUGCAGUAGAGAUCACCCAGCAGGGAGAGAGCCUCUCCAUCCAGACCUCCACCAGCGUACGCACCACCCAUGUCUCCUUCACCGUGGGACAGCCCUUCAAUGAGGACACAGUGGACGGACGCCCUUGCACCAGUACCCCUCACUGGGAGACAGAUAGCAAGAUCAGCUGUGAGCAGACCUUGCAGAAAGGGGAGGGCCCUAAGACUGCCUGGACCCGUGAAGUGACCAAUGAUGGUGAACUCAUUUUGACAAUGAGUGCUGGCGAUGUUGUGUGCACCAGAGUAUAUCAACGAGAAUGAAAGACUUAAGACUGUCAAACAUUUCCAUUUUUCUUAUUUCUACCUGCUCCUUUUGCUUAUUUAAUCUUCCAGUCAUUCAGAUUGUGGUUAACAAGACGUCAGUUGUAUGUGUUUGUCAGACAGAGUUAGAUUGUUGUGAAAGCCUUGUGCCAGUUUAUUUUCAUGUAUAAUGUUCUCGUAAUAGCAUGUAAUGGCUUUGUAAUGUUAUCAUUGUUCCUCCACAACUAAAGCUGUAUUUAUUCUCAGUAUACCGCAUGAAAACCCUAUCUGUAUUUUUCUUCAAAAUGUCUUACCGAAGCAACUGUAAACCAUCCUCAAACUGUGUUGUUAAAAUUGACCAUGUAUUUCCAAAACCUGAUUUUAUUAGCUUUGUGAAACGGAUUUAAACCAAGACCUUGUCCCUCACCGCUGUUCUUGGCUUUCUCUCUCCAUACCACCUCCUUCCUACUUCUCCUUUCCCCCUGCCUAUGAUCUUUGUAUGCAUCCCUCCCUUGUUUUUCGUCCCUCUCGGCAACUUGCCACCUCUCCUUCUCUCCUCCACACCCUUUCCUCUCAAUCCUCCUUGUCCUCUAUGUGCUCUCUUUCCUCAUCCCUCACCAUUUGUCCAUUUAGAAUUUUAAAACUCCCAAAGAGAAUCCAUAUUUUAUGAACACCACUGUGUCUGAAAGACAUUUGGCAAGAACAAGGGGAAAAACUGGGAGUGGUAGGGAAAGAGUGAGUGAGGGACUAUAAGAAAACCAUUUCAUAUUGAGAACGGUACUAUUUCCUCAGCUUUCCUCCCCAGCUGUACCUAAUUACAGUAUGAGCUCAAUAAAAGGUUCCCCACCCCCUC